UUCGACAGCCGGGACGGCCGGCCCCCACUGCACUGGUCGGACCACGGCGUGCUCGGGGAGGCGCGCGCUACCUACCGACCCGAAGAGAACCAGCUGAUCCUGCACGACGUGCGGCCCGCCGACCAGGGCCGCUUCCGGUGCCGAAUCGACUUCCGGCGGAUACCGACCGUCACUGGCGACGUCCGCCUCGGCGUCAUCGUGCCACCCUCGGCUCCGAUUAUUCGGAACAGUACCGGCCACAUCCUCGCCAACAACAGUCAGCAGGCGCUAACGGAGGGUGAACGUCUCUGGCUGUCCUGUGAGGUGAAGGAAGGCUACCCUCGGCCGCGCAUCAGCUGGCUGGUGCAGAACGUGUCUGGUGUGGUGGUGACGGCCGGCACCGCGGUGGCUCGCGGCACCAGCGUGAUGAGCGAACUGGUGCUGCCGGAGGUGCGCCGUGCUGACCUGCGCACCAACGUCACCUGCAGCGCCGAGAACAGCAACAGCACCGAGCCCAGCGCCGGCACCGUCACCCUGGACGUCUACUUCCGGCCUCUGAGGGUGCGACUGCAGGGAGAGGACGGUCCCCUCUCCGCGGGCAAACAGUACGAGUACGUGUGCCGUUCGUCGGGUUCCCGACCCGCAGCCACGCUCACCUGGUAUCUCAACAACGCGGCACUGCCCAACGGCAAGCAACAUGAGUCGGCGGACCGAGGGACCAGCAUCAGCACCAUCCACCUCCGCCCGGAUCUGGGCGACCAGGGCAAGACGCUCUCCUGCCGUGCCCACAACCCGAAAAUGGACCGGUCCAAAUUCAUCGAGGAUAGUCGCCGACUCAACAUCAGAUUCCCGCCGAAGGUCGCCCUCCGUCUGAGCCCUAUGAUCAGCGCCGAUGAUGUGCGCGAGGGGAUGGAUGUGUUCUUCGACUGUGAGGUUCGGUCCAACCCGCCGCCGAGCCGAGUCACCUGGCUACAUGAGGGCGAGGAGGUGGUGAUGGACAAGAAGCGAGGCGUCAUCGUCAGCAGCACCAGCCUGGUGUUGCAGAACGUCACACGUCGCCAGGCCGGGUCAUACCGGUGCCAUGCCGUCAACACAGAGGGCGAGAGCACCAGCAAGCCCACCGCACUCCGAGUCAUGUACGCGCCGGUGUGUGCCGACUCUCAGCGGCUGGUGUACGGCGUCUCACGCGGCGAGCAGGUCUCGGUGUUGUGCCGGGUCGACUCCGAUCCGCCUCCCAGCAACUUUGGCUGGACCAUGAACGGUUCGGACCACGUGCGUUCUCUGACUGCCGGCGUCGGUCACUGGCCGGCCGGGCCGCACACGAGCAGUGUGAUAGUGGAGCCACAUCAUGAUCGAGACUACGGCACACUGCUGUGCACCAGCUCUAACCGGGUCGGAAGGCAGGCGCAGCCGUGCGCCUUCAAAAUCGUGCCCGCAGGCCCUCCGGAAGUGGUUCGCGGAUGCUCAGUGACCAAUCAGACCGACGUCUCGUUCGUGGUUCACUGUUCGGCCGGCUUUGACGGCGGGCUUCACCAGCAGUUCACUCUGGAGCUGUUCAGCAGCGAGCAGCGACUGAGGCUCAACACCAGCCGAGAACAGCCACACUUUGGUGUGGCCGGCCUGGAGCCAGGCGUCCAGUACACAGCCUUGGUGUACGCCUUCAACAAGAAGGGCGCCAGUCCGCGGGUGCGCAUCACAGUGGCCACCCAGAUGGCAGCCGAGCAGAGGACCGGAAAGUCGACUCAAGGCUCGAUGGCGGAGCGCCGUCCCGGGGUCGACUGGACGCCUCUGGUGGGCGUCAUCGCCGGCGCGUCGCUGGCCGUGCUGGCCUGUGUGCUGGCCGUCAUCGCGAUGGUCCGGCGCCGCUCCAGCAGACCGGCCAAGUCGCCGGCCAAGUCGGCCGCCGGUCUGUCAGAGUGCGACGAAAACAAUCCAGACGUGGUGCCGUCACUAUCAGACGGCUGCUCGAGGGGAGACCCGAUGGAAGAGCCCCGGCUGACAGUCGUCAGGGACAACUGCCACACCGAGCUUUACAGCCCGCACCCGCUCAACCACGUCAACUUUGCAACGUUUCAGAGCGGUAGUCUGGGCCGGCCAAUCCACCCCGGCAUGCCACUACCAGCAGCCACUACAGUGACGGACCCUUUCGGCUCCGAUCGGGAAAGUGUAGUGUAGUAGUGCAUUGUGUCGCGAACGGCGGACGAGGGCGCUGUCGCCGCGGCAAAGCGACGGGACGAAAGGUGGCUGCGCCGGUGGCGGAAUCUCGAAGAGCACGGUAGCGGCAGAAGAGAAGACACCCAGCGAGCUACGUGGGCCGCCCCGGACGUUGGGAAGAAACUGACCAGUGGAUGCUGGUUGGGAUGGGCGAACACCAAACCUUCGCUGGCCUCUGGAACAGCGAAGGAUAAUCAGCUCUUGUCCAGGGCCAGGAACAAACGUAAGGUGCGAGUGGAAGGUUGCAAAGUCGCAGUGCGUACAUGGUCGAUGUCGCAAAUUGGUGUUUUCACUUUGAUGUUUUAACUACCAACGUGACUCGUUAAAACUUAAAAACGAUCUCCGUGCGAAGUAUUAUUUUUCAUGUCAACUUCAAAACGUUACCGUGUAUUUAUUCCUGUAACGAACGCGUGCCCGCAGCAGUAUGUGAUGGUUCUCUGGGCUGAGUUCAGGCUCCGGUGGCAGCGCCCGAGCCGCGAGUCUGACCCAGGCAGGCUCUCCGUCCGCGCGCGGAAUUCGCCGCCGCCGGAAGGUCGCACUUGUUAAUGGUGCACCCGCACACCGCGCCGUCGGACAGCAGAGAAAGUAUUUUUGGGCCGACGCCGCGUCCGGGAGCCGCGCUCGGCCGUUUGUCUAUACGCAAUCUUCCGCGAGUGUGCGCCGCGUGCGCCGCAGCCGUCGGCUUGUGUCGGUGCGUUUCCCGAACUGCGCCUUCUGCAGGUCUCAGCUGGAGUCUAUCGUAUUUGCUGGCCUGUCAGAGACACACAGGCGGCUUGCCAAGGCCGUUUCGUAAAUAUUGGCGUGGCUCGCCGUCUUGUGGUAGGUUGGAACGACUGCGGAGCCGGAGCUGGGUUCGGUGUGGCGUGAAAGGGUGGAGCACGGUUUCCACGGAUUCGCCGCAGUCGCGUGGGUGUCCUGGCGUGCCGCUGGCCCCAACAGGCCGCUGGGUGACGUUCAGACUUCCGUCGACCGUCACAGUCACCACCGUGACGGCAGUGUCACGGCGUGACCCGACGGCGGCAGUCAAUCAUCACACAGCGCCCUAAAUCAUCCUAAGCAGACCGCGCCGUCACGCGCUCGUCCAUGGCUGGUGUGGUGACGUGAGGUCCAAAUUUCCCGACUUCGCACUCUGGCAAUGCGACUCGCCAUGCUCCGGCUCCGGCUGUGUGUGUCGUGCAGGUGCUACCAGCUCCUGGAACUCAGGAGCGGCGCGGCGACGUGGGCCGCCGGACAGUCCCAGGUGGGCUCUGCAUCCGGCCCGCCCCCCGGUUAAAGCGAUGACAAAUGUCAGGAUUAGGAAAUGCCGAACGGCUCGCCAGCUGCGACUCUCGCUAACUGUGGUGCAAGAUGUGUUCCGAUCUCGAGAGGUGUUCAUCGUUCAUUUGUCGCGCACAGUUGCUCGGACACUCAUUCAUAUCAUACUUUUUUACAUGCUGUUUGAAUGUGAUUUGUCUGAACGAAAGCAUGUAGGGGUAUGGGCACACAAAGAACUGCUCGCGCGGGACAUAUCUACUGAAAUGUUUGUGGUAUACUUGGCAUAUCCGCGCAUUUAUAGAUGGCAAACCUCGCAAUGAAACCAUAUAAGCCGGCUUGAAAGCUACGCCUACUUUGGGUUUAAUCGUCCAAGUGCUAAACAUUUCAGACUGUCAGCAUCGCCAGUCUGCAUAUCCCUUUCAGAGGUCAUUUAUAUAACCCAUUCGUCAUAUCUCUGACGCAUAUCUGUGGAACAUGGACGUAUGUGCGGUUAUGUGAGCGUGUGGUCGUGACAGCAGGCAGGCCGGGCGAUUAGUGUGCUGCGGGCGGGAGGGUCCCUCCCCGUGGGUGGAUCUCACCCCAUGUUGUAUACCGUCUACUCGUGGUCAUGUCGUUCUGCUGAGUGUGCUGAGUGUGCAGAAUUGUCGCUCACCAAUCGCGCGUCGGCGGCCGAGCCCGCUGGUGAGCUCUUCUGUAAUGUGUCUCAUUGAUAUUUUGAACAGCAUCAAUCGCAUGCUUCUUGAUAAUAUAUGGAAUGUAGCAA